CUGGGGAGCACCGCGUUACACGAGUCGCUGCCUUAUUCUAUGAUGUAGUUGCUCCGCUGUUCAGCGUUGGCUGUCGCACUCGUGUACUACAUCGCUGUCGUGUUUGUGUCAAGUGUCACGGUUCGUGCUAUUGUGUUCCCGUAGCACUUCUGAGAUGACUGAGAAUAUUUUCCUCUUCGUUCCGAACAUCAUCGGAUAUGGCCGCAUCAUAUUGGCUCUCCUGUCAUUUUACUUCAUGCCAACAAACUGUCUUGUUGCAUCAAUUUGCUAUGGAGUCAGUGCGUUUCUGGACUGCAUCGAUGGCCACGCAGCAAGAAUGUUCAAUCAAAGUACCAAGUUUGGUGCCAUGCUUGACCAGCUCACAGACCGUUGCGGCACCAUGUGCCUGCUUGUAAUUCUGGCACAGUUCUACCCGAGCUACACCUUCUGGUUUCAACUCAGCAUGGCCAUUGAUGUCGCCAGCCACUGGCUGCAUCUGCACACGUCCCUUCUGUCUGGCAAGGACAAUCACAAGAACCUGGAUGCUAAUGACAACCCCAUCAUGAAACUGUACUACACCAACAAGCCAAUCUUGUUCACAAUGUGUGUGGGAAACGAGGCAUUCUAUGGCGGCCUCUAUUUGCUCCACUUCACUGAAGGUCCAGUGGUUCUUGGAUUGGGCCUCUUCAGAGCCAUGACCCUCAUCAGUGCCCCAAUAGCCAUCGCCAAGUCACUUGUAAGCCUUCUCCAGAUGCAGAUUGCUGCUGUAAACCUCGGUACCAUUGAUGUCACUGACCGCAGCAAACGCACAGAGUGAGCUGUUUAUGCACUGGUGCCACCACUGUCAGCCACAUUGCCAAAAGAAGCGCACAGAUCACCUGUAUGUGCUCUGUCUUGCCAUGUUUCGGUUUCAACUUUAUGUUCGGAAUUCGUGUGACAUUUUGGGGAGAGGAGGCGAACAUGGGGGGCAUAUUGUUCCUGUCGAUGCACCUGCAAUCCCCAGUAAUGGUUUUGACAGGAACUCAUUGUAUUCAUUAUUUAGCUCACUGGCUGAGUCUGUUAGACUGUUGUGUAUAUUCAGUAUUGUUAAUUAGGGCUACCAGUGUAAAGCCUCUUUAUCGUUAAACAAUUAGUCAAUGUGGGGGUUGUAUUGCGGCAAAAAAAAAAAGAAUCAUGGGUCAUAUCUGUUACCUCUGCAAGAUUGGCUGUGGUGCACUCACUAAUGUUGAGUGAUGAAAAUCAUCAGCCUGGUAGGCAAUCCCUUUAAUUUUUCAUGUAUGAGGUCACACAUCACAUAUCGAUAUAACCAUUUAAAUUGCAUAUUGCAUUUUAUUCUACCAGGUGAUCAUAUUUAUGUUUUAAUAAUUCUUUUACAAUUGCCCAUGACAUAUAGCAUAAUUAUACUCCUUGAUCUGGAUUAUUCAAAGGUGGACAUUACUUGAAUAAGAACUAAAAAUAUAUAUAUUCACCUAAUUAACAAAAAUUUAUGAAUAAACUUAUUUAAUUACAUUACAGAACAUAUUGUACUUUACGAAUUGUAACAGGUGAGUUUGCAAGGCAUAUCACUUAUAAUUAAUUUUCAGUAUGACACCAGUUUCAAGAUGUUCAUUGCCAAACUGUAUGAUGAAAUACAUGGGUGUUCCACUUACUUUCGUGCUCCAAUGCAUGAAGUAGCGUUUUGUUAAACAAGUAAGUAGAAAAACAGUGUAUUUUUACUGCUAGUUUGAUGGCACCUAUCUCUGAACCUAUGACAUCUUCAAAAUUUGUUCCAAGUGGAUUUGCCUAGCAAGCUCACCGGCUACAAUUCAUAAAUUGCAGUAUGUGCCAUAAGGUAAUUAGUUCAGAAGUUAAUUAGUGAACAUUUGCUAUUUAGUUGAUUAUGUGUUUCAAUUUCUCGUUCAAGUAAUGUCCACAUUGACUUUUUUGAAUAAUCCAGCUUAUGGACUAUAAUUAUGCUAUCUGCAAUGGGCAAUCUUUCUAAAAUUCUGUAAAACAUAAAAAUGGUCACACUGUAUAACCUCUUCAGGUGCCAAUUAAUUAUUUUCAUUGAAAACUUUGUUUCAGCACAUUUCUUGCAUCUUCAGAAUCAUGAAAAACAUACAGCUUCAGAAAACAGAUAAGGAAUUUUCAAUUCUGCAGUGAGUUUUCUCAAGUUUACAGAAUGUGGACUUAGUUGUGGACUCCAUUGCAAGAAUGAGGCAAGAGAAGGCAGGAGUUUUAUCAUCCAUCCAUCCAGCUUCCUUGGUUCAGCCUCCCGUGACCAUCCUGUCUUCCUACUCACACAUUGAGGAUGAAAGGUUACCUUUUUAUUCUUCUUUUUUUGGUACUAUUAGCGAACACUAAUAGAUAAGCAGCUUUAGCAUGUGGUGCACAACAUAGAAAUAAACAUAAAGUGAGGAGUAGUGAAUACAAAAGUAAGCACAGAACACAGAGAAACAAAACGUGCGGUGUCAAUCCAUUGACUAAAUGAGAAGCCACCUUUUGUCAUCACAGUGAUUAAAUGAAGAGUAUAUAUUGGAAGGCUUAAAUGGAAUACUAUUAGAAAAUUUAAGACUGCAGUGAGGGCCUUUGGAGGGGGGGGGGGGUAGCAAAACAUUGCGGCAGUACAAAUAUCUCUGCAUUACAAAUUACGGAGUGUCUACCAAGUUUACAUUUCCAAAUUCCCAGAGUUUUCCAGGUUUUUCCCCGAGUGCCUUUGCAAAAUUACCUGAGUGACACAGAACUUUGUUUUAUUUCAGGAUGGGCUGACACCGUGCCACCCGAUGCUGUUAAAGAUAAAAAAAUGAUUUAAGCCAGUUUCAAUAGUACCGAGUAUUGUUUAUUUUUAUUUUAUUCACAAAGAAAACAGAAGGGAGGGGUUAGUAAAAUGCACAGCAAAUAAUAUGCGAAAAAAUGGUAAAGCCCCUUGCAAAUCGAUUCAGACAUUCUCAAGUACGAACAGAAAGUAGAUGCAUUCAGAAGCAAAGAUUUUCGAAUAUGAGCUGUUUCUAUCAACUGAUAGCAAGCUCAUUGGUAUGAGGCCCAAACUUUGUCGCAAGUGAGAUUAUCUCUCAACAGCUGGUAUGUCAACCUCAACUGCCCUGACAUAUUCUCAGCCCGUGCACAAUUCCUCAGUGUUGCGUUUCACUGCUUUAAAAGAGUUUAUUAUGGUUUGAAUGAAGGGCACCUGCAUCUCGGUGUCAGCCAACAAUUUGUUUUUUGAGCUCAAGCUCCUUCAAAGAAGCGGCAGCACGCUUCCUUUCCCUUUCAUUCCUCAUUGCGUAAGACCUUGGUGUUCUCGUCCUCCUUUGCCCCACAGACCAUUUGAAGCAACCUUUUGGUCAGUUGUACAGCUAGCGUCCGAUUUUUCGGACGCCCUAGGGGCCACGAAAACUUCAUAAAAAUCUGGCAGUUCGAACAAAUUAAUCCAUGUCUUUUACUGCCCUUAAGGGCUCAAAUCGUCACAGGCAUAUCCGGAAAAGCUCUGAAGGUCUGCCAGUACACUUAUUAGGCAUAUCAGUGCUCGUACUGUGACAGGAAAUGGCAGGUGCACGCGUGUAUAAUUAACGAAUAUGUACUGUAUCCCGUGAUAAUUGCCCCUUCUUACGUGUGUUAUGCUUCACCGCAAUACUUUCGCGUAUGCUUCACAGUGUAACAUUGCUGUAACGAGGUGAAACUAUCUUUCGGGAACUGGCAUAUGCAACGCGCCAUGCUGAGCUUCGAAGCCAGUCAUGAAGAUUACAAAGGUGGAGUUGGUGCCAUUGCUGACAGCGGCGAAUUCUCUCAAUGAGAAGCACGGCACCGAACUGCAAGAAGCUUAAUAGUGAACUUAGAAGCAGCUAGGCCUAGUGUUUCUGCAGUAGUGGCUACAGCUGCCAGCGAAUCUGCGUGUGAGAGCACCGGUUCGAGGCGGCGUGGUAAUAAAAAUGGCGGCGGUGGUGGCUUUCAUUAAUGCCGUUUCGGACCUGUGGUCAUGGUAAAAAGUCCAGAAAGUCGGACGGUGAAGGGUUCUUGCGUCCGAAAUUUCAGACGUUCUUAUAGAUGACUCUACGGGAGACGUGGUGGUGCCGCAAGACCGUCCAAAUUACCGGGCAUCCGGCAGGUCGAUCAUUGACUGUGCGCUGGCAACUCCUCCAGCCGACGACAUGGCGUCAGACGAUUUGUUGCGAUUCCUCUCUGUUAUUCGAGGCAGCAUUACUGCGACUUUUGUUCCCUUUCUAUAAAACUACAGCUAAUUUUCCCUGAUAGAAGCACAGAUUCUCUGAGCUUUCCCUGAGUAUUUCCAGACUAUUCAAAAUCCCUGAGAAUUCCUGGUUUUCCUGGUUGGUAGAUGCCCUGAAUUAAAGGGGUUUUUCAACUUACACCAAUAAUGUACUGAAUGCUUAUGAAGCGAUAUAAGCGAGUAAAACAAGGUUACUUUGACAAAGUGUUCAUGCGAGCUUCCUUUAGCAUAUAGUAUUUGUGGAGAGCUGCAGUUGCAACUGACAUAGUGUAGGCAAUCCAAUAGAAAACUUUAGCAUUGCUGUACACCUCCACCACGCAAAAUUUUGUGGAUACAUUUCAAAUUAUGCAAAUCUACAUACUAGGUACUGUGGCGAAUUGGGCUUGUUGGUACAUAUCUGAAACGGUGGCGGCACGAAAGAAGGCACAGAUGGAGAUGAGACAAGGAUGAGUGCUGAACAUCCAACAACGUAAUUGUGAAUGAUUCAUGGAUAUAUACGUGCUGUCCGAGCCAGGGCUAAUCAUCUGCACAUACACAAAUAUGCCAGCUCUCUCUCUGAAAGUGUGAUAGAGGCCACGCUGACACAUCCCAUCCCAAGUCUAGAAAUCCAUUCAGAUUCAGGUUCACUUCCGUUAUCAAAAAGAGUAAAAUGCAUGUGACAGGAAAUCGCAGAAUCUGAACGGAUUCCUAGGCUUCCAACAACAAUGUUGUUGGAAUUUCAUCGCUCGCCCUUGUCGUCUCAUCUAUGUCCCUGUAUUUUUUUUGCACUGCCACCUUUUCAACUAGGUAGAGUGAUCGAAUAUCUCGUCUUAUGCAUGACAUGUGAUGCUCAAUUCAAUUUAAUUCUGGGGUUUUACAUGCUUAAACCACGCUAUGAUUAUGGGGCAAGCUGUAGCAGGGGAUUCCAGAUAACUUUUGCCCAUCUGGGGUGCUCGAUGCACAGUACACAAGCUUUUUUGCAAUCCAUCAGUAUGCGGCCCUCUAGGCCAAGAUUGUACCCCCGACCUUGUAUGCAGCUGUAGAACGCCAUAGUCGCUGAACUACCGUGGUGGGUACAUCUUAUGCGCUUGCCCACAGCUUACCUAUGGUACAUCCAGAUUUUGUAAGCAUAGUCCCUUCAUCUCAUGGGCACUGUGUAGUGUAUAAACUGCACCCCUCCAGCCAGCACUAAACUUGCAUUUAACUUACUGCUGGCAGGACAGGCUUUUGACAGCAGUAAAUAUAGGCACUGGCAGUGAACAGUGCACAAACACCAAAAGGCAUAGGCAGUGACAUGACGCAAAAACAACAGUAAAAGUACUGAAAGGUAAGCCAGGAGUUUCUGCAGAUUCAUUGUUAAAAUAAGCAGUGUAAUAUGAGGACACCACCAAAAGCGGAAAACAGACAGAAACUCGCCUUGGCGAUUCAGGGGCUAUUGUGUUCUACUCUUGAGCACAAAGUUAGAUUCUAUUUCUAGAUGCAGCUGCUGCAUUUCGGUGGGAGUGAAAUGCAAAAAUGCUCAUGGCCUUAGAUAUAGGGUCACAUUAAAGAUCCCCAAAGGCCAAAUUAAUCCGGAGCCGUUCACUACGGCGUGCCUCAUUACCCAUGGUGUACUUAAGGACAUUUAAACCGCAUAAUUUUCAGAAAAUAGCACAUACAUUGUACUCUCAACUUAAGUCACACACAUUAACACACAUCCACACAAAAUAAAAUGUAAUGCCAGCAAGAUUGUACUAUCUAAAUCGGGAAACAUAUUUUUAAGUACUUACUGAGAUUUUAUGGAUGAAAGAAUCGCAGGAGGUGGACUAAUGCAUCAUAAGAAUAGUGUUAUGAGGGAGAUGACUAAGGCAUUUCAUCGAAAAGAUUAAAUGUGAGUUUCGUGGUUCUUUUGCAAAAGAGUCGGCAGGUCUGGGCGCUGUCACAUUGCAGAAGAUAGGAAGAAGACAUAGUAGACAUAUACAUACAUUGAUGGCAUUCAAAUGACGGAACAUUUCUUUUUACGACUUUCUCAUUUGGGAUAGAUGGACAUUGACUGUGUUGUGAGUUUUGCACCUAUAAUUUUUAUAAAGCCUAUAUGCAUUAGGUACUGCACUGUGUAGUUAUAUCCCAAGUCGUAGAAUGAAUAUCCCAAGCAGCAUUGAUUUUUAAUUUUUUUCUGACAACUUAAGACUGGGAGUUUAGAAGAGCUUCUUGCUGGGCAAGUUGGUGCAUGGCUAUCAUAGGAAGAGUUGUGCUUACAAAAGGACGAACGCAGAAAAAACAAAACAAAGUAGACGGAAAGAGCACAAACUAUCAGCUGGUUUUAUUCGUUUCGAAGCUGCAUACAUAGGCAGUGUUCACAUGUGCCAAAAAAGGAAGUGGGGAGGACGGGGAGAUGGCAAAUGAAGCCUGCCUCAACUCAACAAAAGCUGCGCAGAAAAUCAUUUUCUGCAUAAUACAAGGUAACAGAGCAUCGCAUGCGUAAUGCGAAGACGUGGGAUCGUUCCCCACCUGCGACAAGUAGAUUUUUUAUCCACUUUCGUUGCCAUUAAUUUAUCAUUUCUUUAAUUCAAUUAGUAAGUACAAGUAAUUUCCCAUGUGUUGUCCUUGGCCCUUUUCAUUGCCCUUUUCCUUGAUCUAAAAAGCUCUUAAAAGCUCAAGGGCAAUUUUGUUUUUGCUCCUGCCUGGGAAAUGAAAGAAAUGUGCAGUGUACCAUCUUUUGUGGUGUUUGUUGGGUUGCUCUUCAAAAGAAAGUGUGUUGGGACCGUGGACACAAAGGGAUUUCUGAUGAGGCCUCUAGGGGUACUCACGAAAAUAUUUGAACACAGCUGACCCCCUCCCCUCCUCCCCCCAGUCAGCUGAUGUAGAAAAGCAUUUGGAUCUCCUCCUUGUAUAUUGUAUUUAUUUUCAUCCAUUUGAGAUGGCAGUGCUGCGAAUCAGUGUUGAAAGGCAAAUAUACAGUAGUGUUUGUUUUGUCACUGUUCUGUCUUGCUACAUCUGAAGCUCUUUGCAGUUGUAGCCUUCCCUAAUCAAUCAAGCCAACGCAGUCUUUGUGGGUGGAAAGUUUUUAUAUGUACACAAGGUUUAACCAGACUAAAUGUACCCACUCUCACAGAAGACCAUGCAUUACUUUGAUGGGAAACUUGUCAUCUACACAAGUUGCAAGGGGUUCCUGAAAAAGAAAGCUUUGCAUUUGGAGAAGAAAAAAAUUCUCUUCAGAAUAGAAUCUGGCACCAUGACCUUUCCUUGGUGGUUGCUGUACUAUCAGGGCUAAAUAGGAGGUUUUCUGAUGGUAAGGUGAGAGUGAAUUAAAGGGACUGACAACCAACUUUUAAGGACCCAACUUUUUAUGGUGAAAUGAAAUGCUCAUCCUCAGAAGUGUUUAUACUGCAGCAGUUACUCCCAAAAGCACAUAGUUAUUUUGUAAGCAGAAUUUUUUGAUUGGACAAAUCUCUUUAAAAAGAAGGGGCCCCAACACCAGCAAUGCCUAUAGCUUGCCUCGCUAAUUGAAGAAGCAAAACGAUGGGUAGCUUUUGCAGGAGUGAGUGCAACUUUGCUUAUCCAUCUUCAUUCUCCAUAUUUUGACCCCAUCAUAAAUAAAAUGCUGCUGUAGUAAGUUGCUGCAAGUCUGUGGCUGCAGCAAAUCCUAGUGCCAGCCAGUGGAAGUAUUUGGACGUGGAUGCCCAAUCUCGGAGGCUGCGAUACCGCUUUGCUACUCAUAAAUAUUGGAAGAUUUACCUGCACAUUGUAAGUAACAAAAAAAGCUUAUAAUAGAAAAAAAUGUAUUGCAUUUCAAUAUUUAAAAAAAGAGAAAGAAGCCAUCUACACUAAUAGAACAUCACACGUCAGGGCACCCUAUUUUUUAUCAUGCUUUUGCCACGUGAAGGUGCCAAAGAUAAUUUUUGCAAUUUUUUGUGAACAAUCAAAAGUAUAAAUUCUCGUUUAAUGAGCAAAAGUGCUUCAUUCAGUCAGUGCCAGACACAAUCUUUUACAUCAGUGGGGCUAUCUCGAUUCAUGCUCUGAAUGGUUGUCUGUCCCUUUAACUUAAGCUUGAAGAACAGGAACAUUGAAUAAACUAGUAUGUCUGUGGACAUUUGCAAGGUGGAGGAAUUUUCUUUAAAGGAAAAACUCAUUCACCUGAAAAAUUUCAGGUGGAUGACAUUUUAAAAUUUUCUAUUUCAUGAAGCUUCCCCCCAGUGCAUUUCAGGUGUUGUGGAGUCAUUUUGAAUUUUCAGCCAGGUGCCAUUUCCAAAUUUGCAGUUUUGUACAGCUGGCAGUGUUCAGUGUGGCAUUCAGUGCCAAUACACAAAUAAAAUAACUUAAACCAUAUUGCUUGGAUUCGUGUACGUGAAGGUGUUCCUAAAUAGAGAUAUUCUUCUUGGCUUGAUUCUGGUACGCCAGGACCACCUGUAUGGCAGCUGAAAAUUGCAGGCUUGCUCAGGUGUAUUUUGAUGCAUUUCACUAUUUUGUGGCAGAACUGUAGUCAUACUAAACUUUGCCAUUCAGCCUGCACAGGUUAUUACAGGGGCAGAAGACAUGUUCAAGUAGUACCUUUAAUAACAGCAUUAUAUUGUUAUAUUGAGGCAGCCUCGAUUAAAUAUCCUGUGCCAGCAGGACAACUUUUCAUCUUAUACCUUCAGGUUACUAUACUUACCCCUGCAGGCAUUCCGAAGCAUUUCAUGAAUUUGUUGGCUGAUGCAGAAAGUUCUCCCAGAUGGCUGUGCUGAGCUUAACAUAGACAAAGGUGUGAAUUGAAUGGCCAGAUUUUUCUUUCCACAGCUGCUCUGUGGGCUAUGAGGGGAGCUGUAAAUUAAUAUAUUGACUGUGUGUGGUUCUUUAACUUGUUCAUAAAUUUAGGUUCAUCUGGUUGUUUUCUUUUCCACUUCCAUCAGAAAAAGUAUCUUUACACCAUGUUAAGUGACAGAAUGCCAUAGCCGCCACAAGUAACAAGUUUUGACUAAAAGAGAUUCUCUUUUACUGUGGACAGCUGUUAUAAGCUAUGCUAUGGGCUGAAUGUGUUUUUGUUCAUCAUCCAUUGGUUCAUGUAUGUCACAAUGUAACAUUUAAAGAAAGCAGUAAAUUCAAGCUAGUAUAUCUGGUUCAAAGAAAUUAUCGCGUGUUUUCGAACAAGAAAUUUGACCACUAAAACAAUGGUAUUUCGUGUAAGUUAACAGACACUUGCAUGAGGUGUUAACAAAUGGUGGCAGCUUCUUGUUAGGUUUGUUUGGACGUGGACAGAGAUCAUCAAUACAGUUUGAACUGUAUUUAACUCAGGGGGUGCAAGGCUCUGUGCUAUCCUCUUCCCACUUGCUAGGCAGGCUGAAAUAGUGGUGAAAUUGGCCGCCAGCUUGGUCAUCUUUGAAACACCAGUUGCAAUAGGCUCAUUAACUGCAUUAACUGAAGGUGUUAACUGAAGCCCGGUGCCUGCAGUGGUGGUACACACACUGCAGUGUUUUCUUCCUUCAUUCCAUUACUGUUCAUUGCCACGCUGUUGGUAAGAUUUGCAGGUUUGUUAAGAAAAUGCACAAAAAGAUGCACUAGAAGUAAAGGCAAACUCGAUGAAGGCCACCUUGCGUAAGGCUUGCUUAUUGCAGAUCUUGUAUGUCUUGCUUGCCAGUGGAUGAUGCUGCGAACAGUGGUCUGCAGCAUGAGAACCAAAUAUCGUAUCUUAAUUUUAUGAACUUUUCCUAGGACAGUACAAUUCACAUGCUGCCAUCUUGGAUGCCAAUGUUUUGUGAGCCUGUACCUGCAUGUAAUGUUCUGUCGCUCUUGACUGUGCUGUGCAAGCAGUGUCGCCUGCGUUCUGUUCUCUUUGCACCCCCGUGCCUCUAUUGGUGUGCUUACUCAAUAAUUUAGAGCCGCAAGAGCUUUUAGUGACUUAGAGAAGCUCAGAGGUUACAAGAAUUCAUUAUGUCUUGGCAGGUGUUGUAAGAUGUGUAUUGUAUAACCUUGCCACGGUUUAAGCUCUCUGUUCAUGUGAUGCAGAAUUAGUGGUUCUGUUUGUGGGGCACAGUCUACCUCGCAUUACUGGCUUGCUUUGGAUGUGCACCUUUUGCACAGUUAAUACCUUUGAGCAGCCACCUGACCGUACAGCAGACUUCACUUUUAAUUUAGAUUCUGGUUUGAUUUUUUUUACUCAAUUCGAUGUCACCGGAGGGCACAAGCUGGCAGAAAUGCAGAUCUGUGGGAUGUGGCUUCCGUUAUCUUGACAAAAAGAAAAUCUGUGAGGCACUUCACUUUUGAGAGAAAAAGUGUAAUCAUGACAGCUGAGGGGAACACACAGUUUCUCUGAUGAAUGUGUUUACACAAGUACUCUACAAUGCAUUUGGCAUAUACAGUGCUCACGGAAUGAAAUGGGACACGGAGCGUUUAGUAGAACCCUACUUAUGUGCAAAGUACGCGAGAGCACCAUGUCUUGUCACUAGGACUUUGGUCACCAAAGGUGACGAGGACUCAGAUGUAAGUGUACGCGCCAGAAUUACGUCGAUGUGACACGAACUGGAACUGGUUGAAACGAAAGUAUGCGCAUUACUUAGCCCUAAAUUGACGCGUUUCAUUCCGUGAGCACUGUACAUAGUGUAGACACCAUGCGUAGAGACUGCUUGUUCAUUGACAUUCCCUCUGAAAAGUGUUCCAAGCUGAUUAUUCACUAAGUUAGGAAUUCGGAUGCACACACAAAGAGAUCCACCUUCCCACUAUUGAACAGACCAUUCUAAUGCUUGCAAUAACAGACUCUAGUUCUCUAUAAAGCUUGUGCAAAGUGACAGCUCAUUGCAUCUGCAUUUUUGCUGCUGCUCAUAGCAUUCCAAUAUAUUUGCAAUUCUCAGCAGUAUUCCUUGCUUUCUUUUUUCACCAUCACACAUAGUGUUCCAGUGCUUGAAAUGACCUGUUCCAGUGCUUAAAUCUAGUUCUUUGAAGAGCAUGUACAAGGUGGUGUGUCUCAGUGCACCAACUCUAUCUUCACUCUCCUGCAAAGUGGUGCCUCCUCACAUAAGCACCAAGCUGCAUAACCUGCUUCUAUCAUUCUAUCACUUCAAUGAAAUUGCCAAGGUGCAGUGGUUAAAACAUAUGGCUCGCAACUGAAAAGUUGCAACAAUUGGAACCGUGCUAGGGACAAAGGUCUUGUUAUCGAAUGAAGGAUUUCUGAAGGAUGAAGGUAUUGUAGGAAUGAAGGACAAAAAGGGUUUCUUCAUGACAGACCAAAAGAAGGCAUUAUGUGUAGGCCCGUUUGCUAUACAUUGAAUAAUUAUUGAUAUUAAAAUGGCACAUGUUGGAUAAUUUGACCUUGGAUGAUGUCCGUGCAUGCAGGUGCACAGACAUUGGAUGCUGAAAAUCUGCACCAGAGUGGUUACCGAGGGCACGCAUUUUCUAGUCAGGUACAAUAGUGGAGAAAUACAUUAAUGCCAAGCAAGAACAGGACCUUAUACAGUAUUCUGAUGGGAAAACAUGGAAAAAUAGAAGGAGAAAGAACUGUUCAUUCCCACAAGGGCAGCAUGACCAAAGGCUGUGUGCUGCAGCAGGAGCUAUAGAUAUUGUUUCACUUUCUGCAGCAGGCAGGGUGAGAGAAAUGUAGUAGAAGGAGGAGGAGGAAAAACAUUUAUUAAAAAAUAAGAAAGGACAAGCAGCUGUCUUUCUGCUUGUGCGUAGUAGUAGAAUGUAGUAAAAGUUCCCUCAAGGGAUGGAAUGGUAUAAGGGGGAAGAAUAGCAGUGGGAGAGUCUGCUGUCACCUGCAGCGGCUCAUCAGAUUUUGUAAACUGAUGGUAAACAACCAGAAUCCCUAUGAGCCGCAAGGAUUCUGUCAGGUACCCUGAGGAUGUGUCUGCUGGAAGCUGUAUUCAAUGCCAACGUGACAGAAUACAUCACUGUGCAAUGUGACAUGCAAUUUAAAAGGUAUUUUAGCUUGUACAGAUGGUCAUUGAUAAGUGGAUUGAUUUGGCAGACAAUGUGACGAGAUAUUUGGAUGUCAUCUCGCCUUUUCUUCUAAUUUAUUUCACAAAAUAAUUUGACUGGUUCUUGCAUUCCAUUCAGGGUGAUAAUAAUGAAAGUCAACUAUACUUGCUUAAUUUAGUUUUUAAAUCGAGUUUAGUGUGUUUGCAAUGGGGACGUGCACUCCUCUGCUGGCUGUUUGUUCUUUUGCUGUCAUCUCAAACUUCAGGAAAUAUAGCAGAUUGAUUGCCCAACUUUUUGAGCUACUGGAAGUCAGCAUACUUGCACCAGUAGAAGGAAUACUAACCAAAGCUGUCUGCUAGUCUUUCAAGAGAUUUGAUAAGACAUCUUUGUGUUUUGAAAACAUGCCAUGCACUAUGAAUGUGCACACCAAAGGGCAUAUUUAUCAAGCACUCAUGUUUACAAUGCGACUUUAAAUGUUUUUUUUUUUUGCACAUGCUGAAUCUUUUUUUAUUUUGGCCUUUAUUGACUUAGAAUGCUGUCAACUGUGUACAAUGCUGACUUUCACUGCACUAUUGUAUUUAUUGCUGUCAAACUUAGCUCACACGUAAUGGUUGUGCACAUCUUUGUAUGUAAUCAGUUUUUGUCAAGUGCAAUGCUGUAGUGAUGCUAUCAGCGUGUGUUUUUUGCUCCUCAUAUCAUCAUGUUUGUGUAGCUUCAAAUUUCCGAAUUUUGGUCAGAGCUGCUACUGGUGUGACUAGUGUAGUUCACAUAUAUCUUCACUCUAGUCGAGUGCCCUAUGGUAAAAUGCCUGUACAUUGGCUUUCUCCCUUUUCAGAACUGUUGCUUGAUUCUGUGCAGCUGUGUAUGUUAAAAGUGAAAAUCAAGAUCGAAUAUUGGCAUUGAAAGAACAAAACAUUAACUUUAUUACGCAGUUUAUACAUCAUGGCAUCGUGACUUUUGCAAGCAUAUGUUGUCAUUACAGCUGCACAACUGCUUUGCAUGUGAUGCAGAGCCUUUACAUGGAAAGUUACGUGACAAAGGGACCAUUUUCAUUUUCUCAAGCAGACAAAUGGUGCAAGGUGCCAAAAAAUGGUGUAUUGUCUGGUUUGCAAUUUUAUUAACAAAGCUGCCAAAUGCACAGAAAUUCCUUCAUUUUUUAAUAUUUUAGACCUGUAUUUCGGAGAACAUACUGCAUUAGGAUGUGAGGAAAUUGUGAUGCUUCUAUGGAAGAAUGAAUGGCCUAGUAACAUUCCUGUGAUUAUGAUGUUGAUGCUUGUUUGUGGUGUUGUUUGUGCCCUGUAUUAGAUAUUCAGAGUUAAAUAAACAGUUUAACUAUGUUGCA